UUCCUCGUCUCUCCGCGACAAGCCCCGCCUGCCCGUCCCCAUCCACCCACGCCGAAUGAUUUACGAGUCGUCUUGCACGAUCAAAUACAAGUCCGCUGGCAAAGUGAAAGUUAAAAUGCAGCAGUAGAGUCAUUUUCCUUAUUACGCGUCUAAGAAAGCGCAGUUCAAGAAAAUGGGCACCUCGACAGCCGUUACAAGCUCACACUCCGAAAGGCGUCCAUUUCAGACCACUCUGCACUCCUUCUCUCAGAAUACUGGCUUCAUAUGGAGAACACUGACAGAAAAGUUAAAAUCUGCUUGUAGUUUCCUGCUUGGGUUAUGGUUCAUCAAGGGGCCAUACAUUUACAUUGCCCGAUUAAUAAGAAACUGCAGUGGAAUAAGCAGAAGAUCACUUAGCGUAUCCCCAAAAAUGGAUCUUAUGACAUAUUGUGAUUUUGAAUGGAAAGGAGGUACACCCCACGCAGAGAAAAUAAAGAAGGCAUAUCAAGAAAUCUAUGAUAAAUACCACAUAAAGUAUGUUCACCAAAUCCGAGGAGACAAUUACUGUGCACUAAGGGCCACAAUGUUUCAAGUGCUUUCUCGUGGCGUCCCAUUUCCAUUCUGGAUGAGGGAACAAGAUAUCACAAAGGUCCCUGAGAUGUUGUUCUACAAACAAGGUUGCAACUGGAUUCAACAGUAUAGUUUUGGACCAGAAAAAUACGCUGGUCCAAAAGUUUUUUAUAAAUUGCGACAAUGCAUGGAUAUGCUAAAGAUGCAGUGGGGUGAAAUGUAUAGACUUAAAGAAAAGAAGGACAGGGAAAAGGCAUGCAAGAUGCUAUUUUCAGAUGAAAGUAUGGAGUAUAAGAUUUAUGAAGCAGUGAAGUUCCUCAUGCUGUACCUUGCAAUUGAGAUGUUUGAAGGAAUAAACCAAGGCCAAGAUGUCCCCAACUUUUGUAGGAUGCUGUUUGCGCGUGACACUUCUUUAGAUCCUGUCAGCUUCAUGCUCAAUCAUCUGAAUUGCAUUGGAGACACAGGCGGACUGGAGCAGAUUGAGAUGUUUCUUCUUGGAUACACACUAAAACUGAAAAUAAGAGCACUGAGACUGUCCAAGUAUGGUACAGAAGAAUUUGAAAGUAGCUUUGUAGAUGUUGACCAAAGAGACUGGCAUUCAAUCACUUUGUUGACGGAAGACGACAGACAUUAUAACAUUCCUAUUAUGGAUAAAUAGACUAAAGACAUGUUUCCCCAAACUUUGUCUACAUUUUGCCAUACUAAUUAAUCAGUUUUCUGGUCAAUUAGCCCAAUAUUUGUUCUCCAAAGAGAUCUUAGUGCAUUUUACUGCUUUAAUCUGCUCAUUUCGUCAUUGGUCUUGAGAAAAAAUCUAUAUAUAUAAUUCACUAAGUAACCACCCAUGGAAAGCAUGCCGAAAGGGGCGUGGAUUCACUAAACCGCCGACAAGUAAGACGCCAAUGGCGCACGCAGGAAGGAGCCACGCUCACCAACUCUUAGACCAUUGGAUACAAUGAAAACUCGAAGAGCCACGCCCACCAACUCGGACGCGACGCCUCGGAAAACAUGCCGUCAUUUCUGUUUGUCUGUGCCACAGUCCACUUGCAGCUCUGAGCCACAUUGACUUUUCAUUAGUCAACCUCAGUGGAACCUUGGUUCACACAGAGGCAGCGCCAGAGAGAGACAGAGGCAUACACACAGGCAGCCCGAGAGAGAGAGCCGUGCACACACACAGGCAGCGCCACAGAGAGACAGAGGCACACACACAGGCAGCGCGAGAGAGAGCCGCGCAAUCCUUUAAAACUGAGGUUAAAACACAAUGAAGGAAGCAGUCUUUAAAAACCAAUAAGCCCUGUGCCUCUUUUUCAUUAGCGUCUCACCUGCUUCACCGAUGCAGGCCCUGCAAGAGUCGAGACACUCUCUCACCAGCUGAUCUUCUCUGUGCCUGACUCCACUACUGUCAGUCGCCUGAUUAAAAAUGGCCUUUUGAAGGGGAGCUAUGGACCCGCUAUACCACAGGAUCACCUGUGACAUUGCCUUCACAUUGUUUUCCUUUUAUUUAUGAUCCCGUCGAGCAGAUCAGACACCCAGGCAAACAACACUGAAUAAUCAAUAGCUGCAACCACUUUGCCCGCCCCAACUCCUCACCUGAGUCGAUUUCGUCUGUGUUCAGCAGUGUUUCCCAAACUCAGUCCUGGUGAACCCCUGUGGAUGCAGGGUUUUGUUCCAACCAGAUUCCUAAUCAUUAAUGCCGGUGAAACUCAUCCGGGAUAAGUCGGUUUUUCAAACACAGCCGUGUAGCAGAUUAGUCUAGCAGAAAUGAAUGCGCGCCCUCGCGCUGAGUAAAAAGCCAAUGUAUAUUGAGUCUAAAAAACAUGAUCAGCAAGUCUUUGAUAGGCUGCAACAAAAUGAUGAAAGAACGGGCGCAUUUUUUUCACACAAGCUGGGUGGGUGGGUGUUAGUUAGUUAAUUAGUUACUCGAAGGAUUUCAAGAUUUAAUAUGCACAAGUGGUAACACUGUAAAAGUAGCCCAAACCAGAAAAGACGGCUGUCAAAAAGUGGCCGACAAAUUAAACGCGUGUGUAUUGUACUUACUGAAAGCAGCGUUACGGAUUUUGCAAAUGUUCAUUUUUUCCCCUCUGCUUAAAAAACAUUUAAAAAGCGGCAUACACUACGCCGCGGGUUGGUAUGCAGCGUGUAAAACAGUUUGUUUGUCGCGGAUAAUUUGCCUUUUACUUUAACAUGAAGACAAUUUCCUGUUAGAUUUGCCUUUGCGAUGACAAUUAAUAAGGCACAGGGCCAGACUUUCAAAAACAUGGCUAGAGGGUCAUACGCUCGCACUGAUUACGUCCCUGCCCUUUGUACACCCCCAAUUCCUCGGUACUACCAUGGUCGGGUGACUUGGUGGAUUAUAUAUAGAAAAGCAGCCAAAACCACAAACAACAAUGAAAAGUCUACGUGACUCACACGUGCAAGUGGACUGUGCAAAGAGGAAAACGACUCAGGUGACGAGUUGGGGGUGGGCACAUGAAAUGUUACUUUUCUUGGUGAUUUAUUACAUUACCGAUUUUUCAAAUGUUAAUUUUCUCUCUGUGCUUAAAAAUCAUUAAAAAAGCGGCCUGAUUAUGCGGCGUAUGGUACGCCGCGGGUUGGCUAGUAUUACAAUAAAUAAAUGCUAUCUGUAUGGAGUUUGCAUGUGUGCCUUAUAUUGGCAGGGGUUUUCCUGUGGGUAAACCAUUUUUUUAUCUAAAAACCAAAGACAUGCAUUUUAAAUCGAUUUGCGAUUGAUGUGGUGUGAGGGUGAGUGGCAAUGUGUUUGUGUGAGCCCUUUGAUGGAUUGCCUUCAUCCAGGCUUAGUUCCUGUCUUGCACCCAAAGCUGUCUGGACAGGAUGCCCAAAUUGGAUUGAGUGGGUUUGAUAAUGAUGUCAUGUUAAAUUGGAAUACACAGAAAAUGAAUGCUAAAUAUUUGCUUAAAAUAUGUGACACUCCUUAUUCGAUUCUUUGUUCAGGGUUUGUGUACAUUUUAUACAGUAAAUUGUAUUUCACCAGAAAUAAAUUAUCAGCAUUUAUAAUCCAAUAAUCAGAUUUUUAAUUCUCUAAUUGAUUUAUGUCUUCUACUUUUGACAAGUGUCACAUUAAUCAUAUUAAUUUCAUGUGUUGUAAUUACUAAUCACAGCAAUAUAAAACUGUCUAAAGGAAACUUCUCUUCCUACACUGUGUGUAUGUCAUGUGAAACAACUCAAUCUUUAAUUUGAGAUCGAGGAAAUUAAUUGCUGGCUUUAUACAUCUAAUUUUUCACAAGUUUGCAUACUUCUGAGAGAAACUGAUUUCUAAAGCAACACAUGGUUAACAUGUCCAGAUAUUAAUAGGUCAGGAGGAUAUUGAUUUCCUAGUUUGCCAAAUGCCUCAUCUAUGACUACGCAAUGAUAAAUUCAAGUAUAUUUCUUUUAUUUUUUUUGCAAUUAUGAAAUCCUGAACUUCAACUCAAGCUGUUACUAUCCUUUAACAAUUCCGUAAAGAAGUAAUCCAGUUUUUUCAAAAGCCUGCAGUGGUGUAAUAUACAGCAUAAAACCAAAUUAAUGAAUGGAAUGAUUCUCAGGGAGGUUUAUUCUACACUUUCAGUUUAGCAACCACAGAUGUGCAUGCCACAUGCUGCCUUUUGUGCCUCACUUAGAUGUGUUAUAAAUGUCUUGGUCAAACAGUAUCAGUAGGUUUUUCUUCUGUUGUUUCCAUCCACAUUGUGACAUAUCAGUGUUUGACAUUUACAUUUAUUAUUCUGUUUUCUGAAAGAAAGUGUCUGUAUAGGAAAUGCAGGUACAUAUAAUAUGUGUAUAUAAGAAAUGUACAUUUGUAUACACUGUGAAUUGUAGAAGGUUGGAACAUUUCCUGGCUGAAAGGGGGUAGUACAUCCUAUAACAAGAUAGGUAACCAGGUAAUCCUUUUGCCAUUAUAAAAGUAAGACAAGUAAGGAACCUGCAGCCAAUUAGUUGUCAACACACCACCCAGGAAUUACAGAAAUUGGGACCAAUUUGCUUCUUUAAAUCAGGGAGCAUAGAGGCUGCCAGAAGAACUUCCAGUGUGAAAACUGAUAAGAAGUCAGCACAGGAGAGGUCAAAAGGUCAUGUUAAGGCAGUGCACUGCCUUUGUCUAACAUUUUGAGGAAGGUUGGGGUAGUCACUCACUGGUGGGCGAAGAGACUAGGGUUAAAAAAGAGAGAAAAAGAAGAUGAAUCUUGGGAGUGCUUGAUGGUAUUUUGAGGUGGGCAAGCUGGUGAGGCAGGCCACAAGGUAGCAAAGGGAUUUGCAUCCCUUUUAAUAUGUUCAGAAAGGUGGCAUGGUUUUGUUUUGAUAUCUUCCUAUGCAUACUUGUUCUCCAUUGUUUAUCAUUCCUGUGUGUUUGCAUUUCAAUAAAGGCACUUUUUUUUAUA